CCUGCCUUGGUAUAUAUAGUCUGUGUGACUAUCACAGUUCUCCUGGCAGCCACCAUGAAGGGUACGGUCUUGAUCUGCUGUUUCCUCUCCCUGCUGCAAUUGCAGGCCACAGCAGAGGAAGAAGAAGGAGAUGAUUUCAUCUCCGUCCUCAGGGACAGAUCUCACAUCGACGAGACGCUGAGGCUUGCAACGGAGGAAAAGGCAGGAGACUAUGCAGCGGCUCUGGAGCGGUUGCGGAAGAUCUACCACACGUCCAUCCGGCCGAUGGAGCAAGCCUACAAGUACAACGAGCUGAGGCAGCACGAGAUCUCAGCCUACCCCGGACGAACCCUGGGGGACUCAUCCACAGAUGGAGAGAUUACCUCCAAGCCCAUGGUGCUUUUCCUGGGACCCUGGAGUGUAGGAAAGUCCUCUAUGAUCAACUACCUCCUGGGCAUGAACGACAGCCCCUACCAGCUCUACACAGGAGCGGAGCCCACUACCUCUGAAUUUACUGUAAUUAUGCACGGGGAGAAGAUACGCUCCGUUGAGGGUAUCGUCAUGGCAGCAGACAGCUCCCGGUCCUUCUCUCCCUUGGAGAAGUUUGGCCAAACCUUCCUGGAAAAACUGAUCGGUAUCGAAAUGCCCCACAAGCUCCUGGAGCGUGUGACCUUUGUGGACACGCCAGGAAUCAUCGAGAACAGGAAACAGCAGGAGAGAGGCUAUCCCUUCAACGAUGUCUGCCAGUGGUUCAUUGACCGCGCUGACCUGAUCUUUGUGGUGUUUGACCCCACCAAGCUCGACGUUGGCCUCGAGCUGGAGAUGCUCUUCCGGCAGUUAAAGGGCCGUGAAUCACAGAUCCGCAUCAUCCUCAACAAGGCCGACAACCUGGCUACCCAGGACUUAAUGAGAGUCUACGGAGCGCUCUUUUGGAGCUUAGCUCCCCUCAUCAAUGUGACCGAACCCCCUCGCGUCUACGUCAGCUCCUUCUGGCCAUAUGACUAUGCGCCUGAUACCAGCCGAGAGCUCUUUAAGCGAGAAGAGAUCUCCCUCCUGGAAGACCUGAACCAGGUGAUUGAAAACCGCAUGGAGAACAAAAUUGCCUUCAUCCGCCAGCAUGGCAUCCGCGUUCGCAUCCACGGCCUGCUGGUAGACCGCUACGUCCAGACCUUUAAAGAGAAGAUGAGCUACUUCAGUGACCCCGAGCUAGUCUUCAAGGAGAUUGUGGACGACCCAGACAAGUUCUACAUUUUCAAAUCCAUCCUAGCCAAGACCAACGUCAGCAAGUUUGACCUGCCCAACCGCGACGCUUACCGUGACUUCUUUGGCGUCAACCCGAUCACCAACUUCAAGCCCUUGACGGCUCAAUGCUCCUACAUGGGUGGCUGUCUGCUGGAGAAGAUUGAGAGGGCAAUCACCAAUGAGCUGCCUGCCCUUCUGAGCAGCAUUAACUCUGGGAAGCAGCCGGGCCUGUCCUCCUGCGAGGCAACUGGCUGUGGUGAAAAGCCAAAGAAUCGCUACCGGAAGAACUGAGGAAAUCAAAACAACUUGAGUGGGGAAAGAAAGAAGAGAAAGUGGGCCUGGUGGAAGCCAACCCUUGUUGAGGAGACGGAGGAGAAUAGCGUGUGUGUUUUUUUCCCUCAUGAGAAUAUGGGGGAGGUGCAUUUAGGGACUGUGGGAAUGAGGCAGGUAGAGGGAGGGGAGGGUCAUUGUUUGAUGAGGCAGCUUAAGGACACAAGUGCUGAAGAAAUGAGAACAUACCACUGAUCACUGAGAUUUGAUGUGCUCCUCUCUCCCUUGCACAAUCACUUUGGACUGUCUGGGAUUUGGGGCGGGAAGUAACGAUGUGAAGAAAUACUGAAAUUAAAGAUCAAAUAAAAAUUGAGAUGAGAUUAAAAA